UUCUGUUUCUCAUCAUCAUCAUAAUCAUCUUGGUAUAAACUUUUCUUCUUCCAACAAGUAAAAUAAGCAAAAAGUGGGUUGGAGGUUUACGUGAAGGUUGUUCCUCUUUUGCCUGUUUUCCCUCUCAUCAUCCUCAUCAUCAUCAUCUUACCUUUUACACUGUUUACUUGUGUUCAAAUCAUAUUGAGUUGUUUUCAUGUCUCAACACUGUACUGGUGACACUUUCAACGUAAAACACCGUUUGAACCUUUUUUUAGUCUAAAUUGUGAUUGUUUCACAGGUUCAAAUUGAUUCCUUGGUUUCAUUACCAAACAUGGUUUCAGCCGUAUUUUCAACCACCAAUCCAAUCAAAAGUUUAAAAUUUUCCAUUGCCAACAUUUUAUCACCUGAAUUUGGUAAACAAAUUUGCCUACCAAGUUCACACAAUGAUAAAGAUAAAACCAAAUUUUCAUCCUCAUCCACUUGCUCCUCUUCAUCUGGAUCAUCUUUAAAAAGUUCAAAGUGUUUAAGUUCAUCUAAAUCUCUAUCAUCUUCACCUUCAUCCUGUUCACCGCCAAUCUCAACUUCACUCAAAUCAAAUUCAAAAUCGUUGACAAGCUCGUUAACACUGACAACAACGACAAGCAAACAAUGUUUACCCUCAUCAACGGCAAAAACAUCACCUCUCUCGGGUUCAACUGUGCCCUGUAUAUUUUCACCCAUUUCACUUUCAUCCUCUUCAUCACCACCUUCACCUUCAUCUUUUGUUGCACUAAAGGAAUCCAUUUCCAAUACCUUUUUAACCGCAACAACAACAACCACCGUCAACAAUGUAAACAAAACCAAUCAUGUUAAUAGUAACAAACGGAGACACAAUGAUCGUGAUAGCCCUGAAAGUGAAAGACCUUCAAGUAAUAAAAAAGUUCGCCAUUCCUAUGAAAUCUCUGAUUCAGAGUGUUCGUCAAAUAGUUCAUCAUUAAACACCCAAGAAGGAAACAAUUUAUCUCUUUUAUCGUCACCCAACUCAUCCUUGCCCGCUUGGGUUUACUGUACUCGAUACUCGGAUAGACCGUCUUCAGGUCCUAGAUCAAGAAAGUUAAGAAAAAAGGAGAAAAAGUCUGAUGAGAAAAGGCCUCGAACCGCCUUUACCGCCGAACAAUUGCAACGAUUGAAACAAGAGUUUCAAGAUAAUAGAUAUUUAACCGAGAAACGUCGUCAAGAUUUGGCUCGAGAUUUAAAGUUGAACGAGUCACAAAUUAAGAUUUGGUUCCAGAAUAAACGGGCAAAGAUUAAGAAGGCCGGUGGUCAACGGAAUCCAUUGGCUUACCAUUUAAUGGCUCAAGGGUUGUAUAAUCAUUCCACUGUAUCAAAGAACGGUGAUGAAAAUGAUGAUGAUGAUGAUGAUGAUAUUGAUUAUUUGGAAGAUGAAAAGCUAAGCAAUUAACCAAAUUUACCUUAAGUCAAGUCUCAAUUCGCUUCUCAUCACUUUUGUUCAUCUCAACCUCUCAUCAUUGAUUUUCCGAUCAACUUCUCAAAAUCAUUCUUCAUUCUUAAUUUAUUAUUAUUAUUAAUAUGAAUAUUAUUAUCAUUAUGAAUCUAUUAUUAUUAUUAUUAUUCAAGUAUUGAUUAUACUUGUGUAAGUAAAUAUUGAACUGUUUAAGCAAAAAUGUGCUACAAAAAAGUGGAAACACAAAAAUGACCAAAAAAACAACAAAU